AUGACGGAUAUUGAACAACAUACCACCUUAACCGAUCGCUCGGUUCCAACGAAGAAUAUCACUGUGGAAGAUACUCAGGCGCUAUCAUCCCAAAGUUCACCUAGUGCUGAAUAUGAAGAACUCGCAGUGGUGAUCGCAAUUUCUGCCGGCGAAUUCUCUCGCCGUAAGCUCAAGAAAUAUAUCUUCUCCCAAAUUGAAGAUUCUACUGAGGCCACAGUUCUCAUAAUAGACGGUGUGAAGCCUUCGUGGGGACGAGACAUCUUUGAUUCGUUGAAGGACCAUCGCACACGAUCAACAUGGAACGUGGUGACUGAAAAUUUGACGAUAAAAAUCAUGCCGAGUUGGAUCCACGAUUGCAUCCAGCCAUGGUGGGUAGAAACUGUGACUCAGAUGAGUAUCACUGGACUCAUGACGAGCAUAGAGCGCCGUCAGAUUAGGACGUUCAUGGGGACUACCCUAGAAUUCCAGUCUGGCCCGUAUAUGAACUCCCGAAAAGAGCCCGAUCUGUUUGUGAUUCCUAAGCUGGCUGUAGACAGUUUGCCAAGCGUGGCCUUUGAAGUCGGAUGGUCAGAGUCUCACAAGAAACUGAAGGCAGACGUGGAUUUGCUUCUCACGGGUGGGGACGGCUCCAUUAAUGUCGUCGUGGUGGUGAAAUGGAAAAAGCACAGGCUCAGUCAGCGAGUGCACGGAUUUGCGGACGUAUAUGUGCGAGACGUAUUCGGCAUUCCUGUACUACGACAGCACGAGGUCAUUUUCCCUGCUUCGCUUGUUCUCUCUAUUCCUGUGCUCAAUUUACCUGUUCUGCUUGUUCCCACCCCUAUCGUGGCUACAGGGCCAACUCAUCGAAUGGCCACGCGCAGCAGCACGCGUCCUCCGGCUCCUCUACCUGCCCCUAACCUGCGACCUCCUCCGCCUUCUCCACCUCUUCCGACUGGGGGUCCGCAACGCUUGAUAUUUAGUCAUGAGGAGGUAUUUGGGCCAACAUUCCUGCAAGAUCCAGCUUGUAAUGGACCCCCUCCUGCGACAAUUGACCUCGAAAUCAAUCUUCUGCGAGAGUUUGCCUCUGAAUGUCUACAGGAAAUGAACCUCCAGCCGGCAGUCUAG